UGUCGUCACAUCCGGUGUGUUGGAAAACCUCUAGAAUGUUUCAGUAGCUUCUCGUUCACUCAUGUGUGUGUAUAUUAAAGCGCGUGUACGGCUGUCAUGAAUAUAUCCGCAUUAACGCUCAUGUAAACCUAAGCCCUCCACCUGUGCUGGAGACGUCAACAGGAGCAUCGUAUUACAAAUCAACAGGUCUGCUCCUGCGUAAGAGAGCGGCCACACGGGCCCGUCGUCAUGCUAUGCUGGGGAAAUGCCUCGUACGGGCAGCUCGGUUUAGGUGGGAUUGAUGAGGAGAUCGUGCUGGAGCCGCGCAAGUGCGAGUUCUUCGAGGGCAAGCGUGUGAGAGAUGUGGGAUGUGGCAGACGUCACACUGUCUUUCUGCUGGAGGACGGGACGGUUUACACAUGCGGGUGUAAUGACCUGGGUCAGUUGGGACACGACAAAGGACGCAAGAAACCAGAACAGGUAGUGUCUCUGGAUGCUCAGAACAUUGUGGCGGUGUCUUGCGGUGAAUCUCACACUCUGGCUCUGAAUGAUAAAGGACAAGUGUUUGCUUGGGGUUUGGGUUCAGACGGACAGCUCGGCCUUUCGAAUAUUGAAGAUUGUCUCCGUGUACCCAGAACUGUCAGGAGUUUGUCUGAGGUUCAUAUUACCCAGGUGGCCUGUGGAUAUUGGCAUUCUCUUGCUUUAGCCAGAGGAGGUCAGAUAUUCUCCUGGGGCCAAAAUAAAUAUGGACAGCUGGGUCUCGGGAAGCAAGGAGCGGGUGUUUCCACCCCACAAGUCAUUCAGUCUUUGCAGGGCGUCCCGUUUGCCCAGAUUUCUGCGGGAGGCGCUCACAGCUUCGGACUCACGAUCUCUGGGGCCGUUUUUGGCUGGGGGCGAAACAAGUUCGGCCAGCUGGGCCUCAGCGAUAAUGAUGAUCGCAAUUUCCCUGCCUUGCUGAAGACUCUCAGGUCCCAACGGGUCGUUUACAUAUGCUGUGGAGAGGACCACACGGCUGCACUAACAAAGGAGGGAGGCGUGUUUACAUUUGGAGCUGGUGGCUACGGUCAGCUGGGGCACAACACCACGAACCAUGAGGUGAACCCCAGGAAGGUGUUUGAACUGAUGGGGAAUGUGGUUGCACAGAUCGCUUGUGGUAGGCAGCACACUUUGGCGUUCGUCCCUUCAUCAGGAAAGAUCGAGUCGUUUGGUCUCGGGGGAAACGGACAGCUCGGGACCCGCUCCACCUACAAUCGGAUCAGUCCCGCUCCUGUGAAAGGCUGCUGGCGAGCCCAUACUGAUCCCGUGCCUAUGGAUAUAGAUUUGACAGGGCUGUGUAUUUCAGAGCCGGAUCAGAGUUACUGUGUGAAGAGGAUCUACGCUGGAGGAGACCAGAGCUUCGCUCACUACGCUUUAUCUCAGGACGACAGCCCUCCGCUGGAUGUGAGGAUAACCAGACCUGACGGACAGAUCUACACACUCAGCGCUGACAUCAUCCAGAAAUGGCUCAAUCACGGUCCGGGGAGAAUGUCACCAGAAAUCACCAAUGAGAUUGAUCUCGUGUUCUCCUCGGCGAGUUGUCUCAAUGGAAGUUUUCUGUCUGGAAGCAAUCCAGAUCACUACAGCACUAGCAGCAAGUGCUCCGGUGUGGACAUUAACACGGCCCGUCUGCUCUACCACAGGCUCAUCCAACCCGAUUACCCGCAAAUCUCACAGAUUAUAGCCGCUAGUUUGGAGAAGCAUCUCCUGCCCAGAUUGAGCAGUUCUCCUCCAGACAUCGAGGCUUUGAGACUCUACCUCACGCUGCCCGAGUGCCCGCUCCUCAACAACCCCAGCAACUACACCACCCUCACCAUUCCUUUCGCCAAGGCCAUCGUGAGCCUGAAGGACACCCCCAUCAAAGUGCUUGGAAACUGGUGGUCCAGGUUUGAGCCAGCGGUCUUCCAGAGGCUGGUGGAGCUCUAUAAGGAGGUGGUGGUGUAUCUACUGCGGAUGCAGAAAAUGGGAAUCCCCCUUUCUGAACAGAGGAUCUUCACCUGCUUCCUGCACACCUCCCUCAAACUCCUGGAGAUCCUCCACCUGGUGAGAACAGUCAAUGAGCGUGCUGGCCAGAUCAUCCAGUAUGACAAGUUCUAUAUUCACGAGCUGGAUGAGCUCGUUGACAUCAGGAAUGAUUAUGUCACCUGGUUUCAGCAGCAGAUGUUCUCUGUGGUCAUGGACUCUCAGGUCAUCUUGUGCAAAUACCCGUUUGUUUUCGACGCUCAGGCGAAGACGACGCUCCUCCAGACGGAUGCUGUGAUCCAGAUGCAGAUAGCCGUGGACCAGGCUCAGAGACAGAACCUACACUCGCUGUUCCUCUCUGGUGGAGGAGUGGAGUCAGUCAACCCCUGCCUCAUCCUCAUCGUACGUCGAGAUAACGUGGUCGGAGACUCCAUGGAGGUGCUGAGGAAGUCCAAAAACGUUGAUUACAAGAAGCCGCUCAAGGUGAUCUUUGUUGGAGAGGAGGCCGUGGACGCUGGCGGCGUGAGAAAGGAGUUCUUCCUGCUCAUCAUGAAAGAACUCUUACACCCUAAAUAUGGCAUGUUUAGAUACUACGAGGAGUCCAGACUCAUCUGGUUCGCUCACAAGACUUUUGAAGACAUCGACUUGUUCCACCUGAUUGGUGUCAUCUGUGGAUUGGCCAUCUAUAACCUCACUAUAGUGGAGUUGAACUUCCCGCUAGCGCUGUACAAGAAACUCCUGAAGAAAGAGCCCACCCUAGAGGACCUGAAGGAACUCAUGCCGGAUGUGGGAAGGAGUCUUCAGCAGCUGCUGGAUUAUACCGAGGAUGAUUUGGAAGAAACUUUCUGCCUGAAUUUCACAGUCACAGAGGAAAAUUUUGGUGCCACAGAGGUAUUAGAGCUGAUACCCAACGGGACGGACAUCACCGUCAACAAAUCCAACAGGCAGGAGUUUGUCAAGGCCUACGUUAAUUAUAUCUUCAACACCUCCGUGGCUCCUCAGUUCAGUGCUUUCCACGCUGGAUUUCACAAAGUGUGUGGAGGGAAAGUUCUGGAGCUUUUCCAGCCCAGCGAACUGCAGGCCAUGGUCAUAGGAAACACCAACUACGACUGGAAGGAGUUAGAGAAGAGCACGGAGUAUAAGAACGAGUACUGGGCGGAUCACCCCACCAUCAAGAUGUUCUGGGAAGUGUUUCACGAGCUGCCUUUGGAGAAGAAGAAACAGUUCCUGCUGUUCCUGACGGGCAGCGACCGGAUCCCCAUCAUGGGCAUGAAGAGCCUGGCGCUGGUGAUCCAGCCCACGGGAGGAGGAGAGCAGUAUUUCCCUGUGGCGCACACAUGCUUCAACCUGCUGGAUCUGCCCAAGUACACGAGCAAAGACACGCUGCGAGAGAAGCUGCUGCAGGCCAUCGAACACAACCAGGGCUUCAACCUGGUGUGACCCGCCGCAGGUACCGCACAGAUUAGCAUAAAGACGUCUGAUCAUGCAUCAGUUACUGAAACAAAGAGCGUUUGUAUAUCAGCAUUUGUGGCUGGAAAGCACUUCUUUUUUCUUUCUUUCUUCUUUUUUAACCUGUAACACUUCACAAUAAGGUUCAAUACGUUAACAUUAGUGUCAAAAACAACUAACAAUGACAGAAUUCGUUCAUUUCUAAAUUCACUGUUCAUUGUCCGUUCAAAAUGCAUUAGCUGCUGUUAACUAACUAAUAUUACCUUAUAGUACAGUGUUACCAGUAACACUACAAAACCUUAUACUCUAAACGACUUCUCGCUUGCUAAACCAAUCAGAUUCAAUAGCUAUUAAUGUCAUGUGACAUUUAAAGAAACGACGAUGUCAUUCAGAUUGACUUCAGGGUGUUGUGGAUGAAUAUUAAUGCGGAAUCUGCACAUGAUGUUAAGAUAAAGUGUGUUGUUAAGGGAUCUUGCUCCACUUUUGUGACGUACGCCUUAACUAAAAACUAAAAUCGGAUUGUUUUGAGACUUAUUUUUUGGUUUUCAAAGAUUGAGUACCAAAAUCUGAUGGCAUUGAAUGUGUUCAUCAUCACUGUUAUAAUGCUCACAUGCUGGAAUGGCAAUGCAAACACUAUAAAAAAUAUAAUAAUUCAGAGUAAUAAUAAAUGACCAAUACAAAUAAGCGAGUUGGGUUAUUGCACUCGUUCAUUGUGCAGGACAUUCGAGUUAAAACUCUUAAAACACCCAUCACACGCGCGUGUGUGUGUGAGUGUUAAUGGGCUACUAGUUGCUGUGCCAUUGUGUGUGUGUGUUUUUGGAGAAAAUGUGUAAGCAAUGAAACAAAUGCUGACAUUUUUCUUGUGUUUGUAAAUUGUAAAUAAACACAAUAUUUUCUAGU